AUGCUGCGUUUAUCGUUGAUUCGCAGAGGUUCACUGCAGCAGUCAGUUAGAAAUGUAAGCCGCACACCCGCGUACUUGCGGCGUGCACCUCCAGGCCUAUAUAUUACAUGUGAUUACGAGUACAAACAGCGCCAUGCAACGAUGCUGGUGGAUGUUUCCUCGGAGAGUGAACCUCCACUCACCAACGGCGCUUACCUGCUUGCAUCAAGUGGUUGUGACGACACCUCCUUCCGUGAAGCACGCAGCGUCCUAUUUGCGAGCCCCGUGGCACGCAACACAUCAGAGGCGGUGCAUUUUGCGGAUGCCGCACUGCGUACGGCGUUGUCUCGUAACGGUAUGGCACUUCCACUAGAUGGCAUACAGACGCUUGUGAUUCCAGAGUUCCAUCCUCUCAUUGGGCAUGCCGUGAGAGAGUUGUUGUCGCGGCUACCACGGCUGAAAAUUGCCUGUAAUGCGCAGACUGCCGCUUUCAUCUCCGAUGGGGAAUUUUUCAAGGGUGUGGUGAAGACGCUCCGCGAGAAUGACAGGACUAUCCCGCAGGAAGCCAUGAGUUUUGCCAACGUCUCUCAAGAAAACCUACAGACGUUGGAAGAUGGUUCGGUAAUAUCUACUUUGGGAGCCGGUAGGCAGCUUCAGGUUGUAACGGGGGACCUUGCUGAAACGCGGGAGCGGUGGCGUCGGGAGCGCAAGAACAAACUGAAGCAUUUCGAGUCCUAUGCGCUAUUUGUGCAAGACCCCGCUUUCCAGGCUAUGCACGUACCCAGUUCUGUCGGUGUCCAUCUCUCAUGGGUGCCACUUAUCGUACCAGAGGUGGAUUCUGCGGCGCUGUUGUUGUUACCAGACUACUUUGCGGCUCAAAAGUCUAAUGGUUCUUCUCUUCUGGAAGUCUGGCGUUUGCGUGAGUCACUCCACCGCAUAGUAACCGCACUCAAAAAGUUUCCGGAGACUCAACGUGUGUUAACAACAAGCUACGGAGAGAUUCCAGGUGGGGCAGGCGGAUAUCUUGAGCAGCUGCGACAAUCGGCACAGAAGCUGGAAGAGCUCCGUAGCCGGUUGGGUCACCGCCUUGCGACGGAUACGGGACGGGAUAUGGAGAAGUGGAGUGCGCUACUGAGCGAUAAGAUAUUUACGGAGUGCUUACUGACGACGAAAGCAGCGACAAAAACUACACCGGAAGUGUUGGAUGAAUAUAAGGGUUGGGCCACUGCCGCCUAUUGUGGAAGACUUGCACGCACGCUGGCUCACGCCGCUGCUACACUUCCGCCAGACCCUGUCGUGAAGAAUACAUCCCAUGAGGCAACACCUCCCAUGCCUUCAGGUCCGUCAAAAGUGUCUAACCACACCUCUGGUACGAAGGAGCUGAAGAAACACUUCGAGAAGCACGGCAUGGCGUCGCUUUGUCCCAUUUUGGAUAGGGAGGAUAUCGACAUUACGGUGUUCCUGGCCAUGAAUACCGAGGACUUUAAGAAAGUUUUCAGGGCUACCUUCGGUGUAGUAAGAAAGAUGGAAUUACUACAGCAAGAACUUAGGGCGCCACCUCAAUAA